AUGAAUUAAUUAGAAGAUUAGUUCAAUCUCUAAAAAUUUCUAUGGCUAUAAGAUGCCAUAAUCUAUGAUUUAUAAUACUUUUAAUAUCACUUCAACUUUCUUGAGCUGUGUCGAGAAACAACAAAAAUUUUCAUGCAAAUGGGAGGAAUCCUAAAAACAGCAUUCCAAGACAUCAUAUCCAAAUGCAACAUAAUUGAAAGGAACGAGAGGAACUUCAAACACGUGCACAUAUCUCUCAUUUAAUAUAUCUUGUUGGAAAAGAAUAUGGAUGUAGCUAAAUAUAAUGGAGAAAAUUGUGAUCAUCUUAAAGGCACCGAAAUGGAUGCAUAUACAGACUAUGAAUCAACAGCUAGAACUGUCUUGAGAUUGAUGUGGUUUUUGGAUUACGUGGCAGUUCUAUUGGAAAAGCUCCUCAACAAACCCAAUGACAGUUUGGGUUCUAUUUGUGCUGAAGCCUACAAUAUUGCCUUGGCUCCUCAUCAUCCAUUUGCUGUUAGAUUUGCAGCUAGAACAGGCAUGCUGGUUGUUGGAAGGUAUGUAACUAUUCAAACUAUUAGUCGAGAGUCGUUGUAUAAGAUUAUAUUUUAAAAUAAUGAAGACAUUUAUUCGACUUUGUAAUUAUGUUGCCAUAACUUCACUAAGAUCAAAGAUAGACUUUGGGAUCUUUACAAACAGGAAUAAUUAUGUGAUUUGCCAUGA